GCUUGCGAGCUUGGCAAUCCGUACUUCAAUAUGAUCUCAUCAGUGUUCUCCUUUUUCAUCCCAUGUCUAGCAAUGAUUGUUCUCUAUACAAUCAUCUUCCGACGGCUGAGGCAAAGAGAGCGCGCGAGGACGUUAAGACAAGCUUCAAAGGCCGACUCAGAUCACAUUUCGAACGCUCUUUUGAGUCAAUCGGCUCGUUUCGCUCGCCAAAUGGGCACCCACUUCAAGCAGAAAGCUGAUCAAAUUUUGCUAGAGAUCAGUUUUCAGACUUCUUCAUAUCCAACGAAUUCCGAUUCAAGUGAUGAAGGGUCGAUGACGAGUCCAUCGAGUCCCGAAGACUUGGAGGUGCCAUUACCCACUCCUGAAUCUCAUGUGUCAAUAAAAUUGCCAGUUGAAGAAAAAACGAGUCUCAUUCGCUGCACGGACACAACAAUCGGUUUGAGGAAAUUAUCGGCUCCUGAGCUGAAAUCUUCUAUAAAAAAUUCUCCAUCUCUGACUUUCAAGCAGUCACCAACUAAAGAAGAGCUGCAACGACUUCAGGAAAGUCUUCAAGAAAUGCACACUCGGUAUGAAUCGAGUGCCGCUUUAACAUUAAGAUCAUUUGGUGAAGAAAUCGGUGAACUUUUCCCAUUCAUAGAUAGCGGGAAUCACAGCAGGAAAACCUCAUCAAGUCACGAUGAGGCAUUGCAAGUGAACAAGAAGAGGAUAAGGAGAUCGAGACGGGAUACAAGUACGGGUAUUUCUCGAGCCAACGGUGGAUCGAUGAGAGAAAAUCGAACGCCGACUUUCACCAAAAAUGGUGACAUUUCGAAAGUUCCUACGGUGAACACAGCCACUUCAACAACCCAAGAUGCCAUUGAUGCAAAUGGAAUUCACAAAAAUCAUUUACAUCCAAAGAUUCAUAUCCCGAUGGAGAGACUCAAUCUGAGUAAUGGAACGAGUGGGAACUCAUUGUCCGAGUGCGCCAUCACGACAAAGGGAGCCUCGACCGAGAUGACUUUUGGGGAGAAUAUGCGAAGCUACAAGAAUGAGCUGUGGAAGAGAGUGACAGCUGGUUGGAAAGCUCGCCCCUCCCGUCACCUCGUCAAAAAGGCCACCAAACAGAUGAAGAGAGAGCAAAAAGCGACAGUGACUCUAGCUGUUGUGCUUGCUGUUUUCCUUUUCUGUUGGCUUCCGUUUUUCACGUUGCACUUAGUGAAUUCCCUGUGUGCGAUCAAUUCGUCAAAAGGAGAGGGUUGCAUUCCGAAUAUGGCCAUGUUUUUCACCACUUGGCUUGGAUAUGUCAACUCCUCACUGAACCCUCUCAUCUACACGGUUUUCGAUCAACGUUUCCGAAACGCUUUCCGCAAUAUUCUUCUCUGCGGUGGGUGCUUUCCUGUCCCCCGGAGUGCCAAAAAUUGUGAUCUCACUGCUCUUUUUUUCUUU